GGGGGAAGGUUGGUCGCCGUGCCUCUGGAGCUUCGUAACAAUUAAUUACAAAGGUUAUCUAUUUUAGUGAAAAAAGUGCAAUAAUAUGUAUGAUAAUUAUCUAAUCAUGUGUUUAAUCGUACUUUCGGAAAGUUAGACAAGUGAAGGAAGAUAAGACACCGCUACACACGGGUUGCUGUUAUGUUGAGUUGGUGACCCGUGAACCGGCCGGAACCAUGGACAGACUGGCCUGGCCGCUGUAGUGCCGCCAGCCGCUGUGCUCGCCUGCUGGGAGUAGUGAGGGCAUGCCGGCAGCAGCUUCUCUCCUCACAUAGCAGAAGCAGCAGCCGCCUCAGUGAACGGAUGUUUGAAACGGACCGCCAGCGAGAACGGAGACCUAAGUGUGUGUGAUGCGUCUCAACUACAGUGCUGGUCUUGUUUCCUUCUUGUUCCGUACCGCGUGCGCCGCUUGCGUGUGCCAGCCGUGACGUCACUGUCCCUCGCGCGUGCGAACUGUGACGUCACUCCCUAAAGAUGAUUGACGGCAAGACUCCACCCUCGCUCAGCCCGACGGUGCCCUCCAUGGGGUGCGACUUGACGAUCACCGCCGUGGAGCCCCCCCGCCCAGUGACGAAGCGCGCCCGCUGUACCCUCAUCCUGCGACGCGGAGGGCAGGAGAACAGUGCUAUUGGAGUGGCCAGUGGUGGCAGUGUAGUGACAAGUGUUGGAGGUGGUGGCACAGCCAAGAUGUCUGUGGGGCCUCGUAACCCUCCGACCUCUGUGUCCGGCUGUGGUGACACACCAUCCAGGAAGCCAGUGCGCUUGUGUCAGGUGUGUGGAGACAUUGCCAAGUCUCUGCACUUUGGAGGAUUGUCAUGUGAUUCCUGUAAGGCAUUCUUCCGACGUUCAGUACAGAAUGAUGCAUAUAAGCACUUUCGUUGUGGUGGAGACCAGAAAUGUGCUAUAUCAAUUGCAUCCAGAAAGUUCUGCAAGUAUUGCAGAUUUGCAAAGUGUGAAAACAUUGGCAUGACAAAGUCGUGGGUGAUGAGUGAAGAAGAGCGUCUGCAGCUCAUGAAGACUCGCCUCACAAAAAGGAUGAUGUACCAGCAAGGUGGCAACAGUAGUGGAGGCAGUGGCGGCGGCAGUAGCAGCAGCACCAGUAGUAGCAGCGGUGGUGGAAACAGAGGUGAAAUUUGUGGGGGAGGGCGAGGACCUUCAUCAGGCUCAUUCUCUCCAAAUGAAUGUUCAAAAGAAACGUCCACCUACACCAACAACACUGCCUCAAAAAACCUGAUGUCUCACAGCCAAAAUACCCACAGCUCCUCCCUUGCCUAUCAUCGGCCAUCUCAGCCAGUUGACUUGGGAUCAACAGGCUCCUCUCCAAACAGCUCCCCAUCUACUCCCAUCUCUGGGCCAGUUACCCCAAUACAGUAUGGCCCCAUUCCUCCACCUUCUUCUCAUCAAACAAUAGAAAGUAUGGAUCACCAUCACAUCUCUAUCAAGCAUGAGAGUCCAACAAGAACUAUGUGUAGAGGUAUUAAAAGGGAAAGUGAAGAAGAGAUUGUACCUGUGGAAAGAGUCUUUAACCCAGCCUCUCCACAAUACCUGGAUGCUACAGAGGUUGAAAUACUGACACGUGUGAUCAGUAACAUAAAAUUAGUUGACCAACAAUUGCCAUAUAAUACGACCAAACCCAUGGAUGUAAUGUCAACAUACAAGCGAUUUGCAGAAAGACUGACAAGGUUUCUACGACAGUUUGCAGAAUUCAAUUCUCUGCCUCCACAAUCUCAGGGUCUGGCUCUUAAGAAAAACAUAACAGUUAUUGCCCUUGUUUUUGCUUCAAGCUUUAUAAAUGAAGAAACUGGCACCUAUCAUAAUGUUCAUAGCCCAUCUCAACCAAUGAUCACAAGCAUUGAUAUGAUUAAAAAGUCACAGUCACCAGAGGUGUUCACCAAGUUCAAGGAAAUUCUAGGUCUUCUUCGUCAGUUCAAUGUUGAUUCUAGAAUGGCGUAUUUAAUUGUUUUGAUAAUUGUGUUGGGAUUUGAAGGUCAAGAAAGUAAUAAAGAAAUCUAUCAAACUAUAUUGGAACAUUAUAUAUACUGGAAGUAUGGUGAAGCUUCUGGGAAAUCCCUUUUUGAUGGACUUAUUCACUCACUUCAAGAGAUUCGACAUCACUCAGAGCUCUUUGAAAGCAUGGCAAUACGACAAAAACCAGCCAUAACUGGCCAGGUAUCUCUUAUGAAUAACAAUAAUGAUGCUCUCCUAAUGGAUGUGAAAAGUAAAGUGGAAGCAAUGACAGGAGAGCAGAUAAGGCAGAUGCUGAAUGGAAUGGACAUUGAGCAAAUGAAACAAAUGCUACAAGGUAAUGGAUUAGAGCAAAUGAAACAAAUGUUAUUGAGCAUGGAAUCAGAAAAUUCACCUAUUCAUGCAGCUCAUGCAUCAAGCUCUGUGAUUCAAUCUCCUCCACUGCCCAGUCAGUCACCUCAUAACAUGGUGCAAUCUCCUCACAGUAUGGUACAUUCUCCCCAUUCUAUGCUACCAUCACCUCACAGCAUGCUGCAGUCACCCCAGAGUAUGAUGUCUCCACAGAGUAUGAUGGAGUCUUCACACAGUAUGCUUCAGCCUUCUUCAUCUCCCGGAAUUCUGCAGUCCCCAAAUUUGAGCCAAUCAGUGCAUACUAUGCUCGACAUAUCUCAUAAUGUGAGUCAAAGCCCAAACUCUACUGUAACACAAAUUAUCAAUUCUUCUAACAGCCUACUGAAUAAUUAUCAUGAAAUGAAACCUCCAGCAUCAUUCAUCAAUUCCCCACAAUCUUUGGAACUGUCCCAGAGCCCCAUUGAAAUAUCAAGCCCUUCUCCACAUGCAAUGAACCUAACCCCUUCACCAGCACCAUAUAUUCCAAACCAGGAGAGCUACAUUCUGGACCACCAGCUAUCAGAGACCUCAUACCCAAACCAUCGGCAGUCUCCACUAGAUGAAAGUGGAUAUUCAAACCCUCCCCUAUAUCCCCAGGCACCAUAUAGCCCUACUCCUUUAGGUGAUCAAUUCAGCAGUGCUUAUCAAACACUGUUCUCCCCAUUGCCAUAUAAGGAAGAAAAUCAGAGUAUCAGUAGUAGCAGCACAGGCAGCAGUGGAGUUGGAGUCAGUUUGACCUCAAGUCUCACCUCACCACUGUCUUCCCUUAUCACUUCUCCUGCACCAUCCCACUCAUCACUUCAGGAAUCUGACAACAGCUUGUCAAACUACCAUGAAUCUGAACAUGGCAACUCUUUGGGAGCUGCUCCUUAACUUCUCCUGGGCAUUUAGUAUCUUUUAUUACAAAAAUGUCAUAUACAUACAAGUAAUCCAGGCAAGUUCCUGAUAAAGGUUCCAGCUGUAGAGAUCAUUACUAGGUAAUGUUUAUUGUUGUAGCUUAGAGCAGAUGUGACAGUUAUCAUAGAGUGACCUCAUCUCGCAUACUGCCCAAAUCCUCGCUCUAGAAGUUUCAUGUGCAAAAUUCUUAUUUUUGUUGUUAUAGGCAGAAUAAGAUGCUUAAUAUUAUUGCUGUAUAACAUAGAAGUAGGAAUUUGCAUAUAAUGGUUCUCAAGUGACAGUGAUUUGUACAAUAACCUUCCAACUCCGGCCAUAAACUCAACAACUGAAGUGUAUUACAACAUUAUGUACAGGUUUUAAUGUACUUGGAAGAUUUGAGUUUAUCCCCCAUAUACCUACUUGUCUUCUACCUCACUCAACAGGUAUCAAGAAUACAAAAAGUGUUAAUAUUUCUGAUGAUUUCUUGUUAUACGUGUAGCUAUUUUCCAGUCAAUACAGUAAAACAUGCUGAGCUUACCACUGCUGGGAUAUUUAGAAUAGUAAAUUUCAGCUCAGCCACACAUACAUACCAAUAAGUUUAUAACACAUACAUGUUUCUAAAGUAUAUAACUAACAAGGACUGGCCAUUUUAAGUUGAAAAAUUUGCCACAUGAUUACUUUGUAUUAAAGGGAUGAAAUUAAUUGCUAAGAGUAACAUUCUAUAACUCUUAGCAAUUAUCUAUUCAUGACUUGCUUUGAAUCUCUUUGCAGAAAAACUCAGGUAAUUGGGGCCAUGUUCAAUGAGCAGUAGUUUAGUGAAAUAAGUGGUUGCUCAGGUGAAAGUCACUAAGACCACUUUGUCCAUGUUUAUGAAUAGGACAUACUAUUUUGCAGUAUUAAUACAGUACUAAAUGAACUGUCAGUAUGACAAGGCAAAAAAAGUGACUGAUGGAGGAGUUUCUUCUGCCUCCACUGUACAAAGAUGGUUUACGUAUGGUGAAACUUUGCAAGCUCUGUUGAUUAUAGUUUCACUCACUACCAAGCAUUUAUAAAAUGUUUUGUAAAUUUUCUUGAAUAUAUUAGCAUUUAAUCUUAUUGACAAAAUACAAAUGAAUUUAGCUUUCUAAAUAUUAAUGUUAACCCUACUCUGAGAGUAAAAUCUUUUACAAGAGUUAGUGCACAUCACUUUAAGCAGUCUCAGAAAAGAAAGGGACAUCUAUAUAUUUCAGUCUAUGUCACAGCUCAUGGCACUUGAGCACUGUUAUGUCAGCUGUCUCCAUACAACUUUUCAGACAGUGCUUAUAUGACAUGCUUCUUGGAAGUUUAAAUUGUAUCUUGUACACAAUAAUAUAGAAACAGAAACAGUGGGUAGAACUCAAGUAAUGUGCACAAAUCAACUGUUUCAUUAUGUAGAUGAUUAUUCCCAAGAAUAUAUGUUAUUUAACUUUUUUUUUCAAUAAGUUUAUAAAUCUGCUGUUGCCUCAUGACUUGAAUACCACAAUCAGUGAAAUACCAAAUUAAAUUGGUUAACUAAUCAAAUUACAAAAUCCUGAAUUAAAUACUGGCUAAUUUGAAUGAUAUUACCGAAGUUUCACCAAACCUCAAAGUAACCGAAACGUUGUCUUGUCAGGAAGGCUCACCCAUUGUAAAGUUUUUUUAAGCAAGUUUGUAAGAGACAUCCCUUUCCAAAAAUAUUCACACGGCUCAGUAAAAAGGACAUUCAUCAAAAGUAAAUUUUUUUAUUGACAAACAGUAGAAUAUAUAUACAUGUACUAAAUGCUUGAUAUAAAUCUUAUAUUGACCAUCAUGUGGCCAAACUUUUAACUUCUUAUGAUAAAUCCUGUUAGAUAAAUAGGGUUUUAUACAGCAGCUUUUGUUUUCAGUACAAGGUCAUAUGGGAGGUCUAUGAUUCCGAGUGCCUAUUUGGAGCAUAAGUUUUUUUUGUAUGUUUUAAAAAUAUGGAUAGGCAUUCAGAAUGACAUUCCAUAUAUAUUUCCUUGUGUUAACAAAAUCUCCGGAUACAUAGGCCCAAUGCCUUAAUAUAUAUUUUUUUGUGUGUGUCUGGUGAGGCUCAGUAGUUCAGCAGUGAUGCACACACUGUUAAGAGAGAACAUCUUAUGGUCUGGCUGCAGUUUACAAAUUAAUAUGAUGCCAAGGUAUUAUUAUUAUUUUUUUUGUGUGUUUUUAUUUAUUUAUUUUUAUUAUUAUUAUCUAUUUUUAUUUUAGUCUGCCAAACAUCAGACCUCAAAUACAGCGCCAACAUCCAUUUCAAAGUCCCAUAAGCUAGUGCAUGAUGUAAGGCUCUCAGACUGCAUUCUUACUUUCUUUUCAGCACUGAACAUUGCUUCCCACUGCAAAGAACUGCAUUUUGAUGGUGACAAACAUUUUACAGUCAAUGCAAGAUACAUAAACAUCAGUAAGUGAACAAGUUCUCUAAAUGUAAAAUAAAAUGUGAGUAACUUUGUUGUAAUAAGAAAAUACAAGGUUCCUCAUAUAUUAUCAGUGGUAAGCAGUUGUCAGCUCUGAAAAGAGAAAUUUGUAAUAUAUUUACAUACUGAGUGCAUAAGGUGAAAAAUAUUCAUGUAGACAAUUACCUGAGCAGAGAAAAGGGUAGCCUCUAUGUACACAAUAUCAGCACAGGUGUGAUUAUUGAGUCCUGCACCAUUCUUGAGGACUUAGAACACACAGCCAGAAUUGUGUACAUGUUGGCAAGGCCUUGGGCAGAUGCGAACAGUACUACCAUGUGACAGGCUUGUUGUUCAUGUACAGUGUCUUGUGUUGAAUGCAAAAUUCUGAAUAGAUACAGCCCUGCAUGUGAAUGGUUAGGUAAGUAGUCCAUCAGUAAGAAUAUCACAAACUUGUUACAAGUAUUACGUCUGAUGUUUUGACAAAGGUACGAUCACCAGAAAACUGCAGAUUGCUCACAUUGGCGACUAAAGCAUAAUAUGUAUUAUUACUGCAUUGGCAUGUAUUUUGUUGGACUACUAUUUAAAUAGAAAUACAUAUACAUAUAUCUAUUUUUUGCUGCGUGCAUUUGUUGUAUAUACAGUAUGAACCACAGUUGGUAGGUUUCCAUGGCACAGCUUUUUUCCAUUACCCAAAACAAAGUUGUCCUGAGUCAUUGUUGACAUCAAUAAAGGUGUUGAAAUAUAUUGUUUAAUUCAGAUAAAGUGAGCAAUAGAGCAUUCUUGAAUUUGAGAUUUUGCGAAGUGCCAAGCAAACUUACCAAUGUGUAGCAGAUCUUGUGAUUAGAGUAGUUCACCAACUUUCAGGAUCAUUUACAUGGCCCACAGUGCAAGUGAUGCCAAUGGAAUAUGAGCCUCAUAUGAAAGAUUUGUUAUAUAUUUUCAGGAUUGGUGAAUUAACCUAUAUCAAUGAGGUGUCUUGUUCCCUCCUUGUUAUUGUUCUACAGAAUGUGCUCAAUUAGGCUAACUGCUGUUGUAACACUGCCCAAGGGUGAUCACGUCCAUCCACCUCCUAGGUGACGUGGUUACUGGGGAAGGGUAUGGUAAUCCAAAUUCUUGGUAGGUCAAACUAAAGGUCUCUGUUUUUCACAUCUUGCAAGAAACCUGCACUAAUUAACCAUAUGCAGUGCUUGGAUGAUGUUAAUUUUGUCUUGAUUAGAACAGGACAAUAAACCCCUUAAGUCAUACACCUCCUACAUGACUUGAUCAUUUCAUAGCAAAGAUCUAAGUAUUUCUAUGAAGCAGUCUUUCUUUGACCUUGUAAAGGUCUCUUAAGGCCUGAUCAGUGAUGUAAGAGGCUUGUAAUGUAGAGUUCCAUUGCUGGUUAAUGAGGAAGUUUUUUUCUUUCUCUAGAAAUAUAGCCAUGGCUUUAAACCCUGGCUCUAAACAGUUAUUGUUUAUUGUAUAAUACUAAGUUGUAAAAAAUACAUGCAACAGCCAAGGCUAUUAAAUGGAGACUAGGAGUGUAAUUAGGGUAACAGGACUUAGGUUGAACUUGUGGAUGUAAUUUCAUAUUGCUUAAGGUAGGAUGCAUUUUUGUGGUCAUUGUUCAAAAGGCAACUUCUUAAGUUGCUGAGAUCAUACUAAUCUGAAUGGCCACUGUGAUUGUUGGGUAAGUUUAACCAAGUAUUGUUAUUAGCUGAGUAAGUCUGAAUGAGCACUGUAAUUCAUCAAGCAGAUUGGAAUGCGAUCAGUUCACCAAUAAGUAGGUGUGCCCAGUGACCCUAAAUCAUCAAGAGGAAGCAAAAUAAUUUCAUUGAUAGUCCUCCUCUGUGCUUGAAAGCAUCAAUGAGCCGUGUCCGAGGUUUCAUAAUGGCACUGAAGUCUGGCUGAUAUUACUUAAUAUGCCAAAUUGUUCAA